UAUCUGCCCCCCCCCGCCCUGCCACUUGUUUGUUAAGGCGCCCUCCCUGCGCCCCGGCCAGGCCCCCCCCCCGGCUCGUCCUGCCGGGAGUCGGAAGUUGGAAGUCGAGGAAGCCUCGCUCCCUCCCGGCCGCUGUCUGCACUCGCUGCCCGGCGCGGGAUUGUUUUGACUGCUGCGUCUCCGCACCCGGAGAGCGCGCGGCUUCCGCGGACCGAGCGAGGACGCUUUUCGCCGCAGAGCCGGGUCCCCCCCGCCCCCCCCCCGUGGCAGAAGCGACAAAACAACCAGUAACCGGGAAACGCGAGCAGCUCUGGCAUCUUGAGCCUGAUCCGGCCGGAGGGGGGCCGGCGGGGGAAGACCUCCCGGGAGGGGAGCGAGCCUGUCCCGCCGAGGUGCCCCCCCCCGCCCCGGGCGCGCAGGGCGAUCCACUCGCCGCCCGACAGCUCCUUCCCCUCCUCGCCGAGAGACCCCGAUCACACCCCCCUGCCCACCCCCGCCCCGCCGAGGAAGAAAUAAAGCGGCAGCGGCGGGCGGCGCGGGGGGGGGGCACAAACGUGUAGCAAUCGCCGAAGAGGCGGGUGCCAGAGGUGGCCGAGCGAGCAGAGAGACUUGGAGCGCCGCGAGGAAGCGAGAGACUCGCCACUGCCGGGAGCCUCGGCGCUCGGAGCGCAGCCCGGGACCCCCCGCCCCGCCGCCAGGGUCUCCCCGGCAGCGCAGCAGCCCUUCUCCGCCCUCGCCGCCCGGCUUCCCCCGUCCCCUCCCGCCUCGCUGGCCCCGGCCGGCUCUCCUCCCGCUCUCCUCCGUCCCAGUCCCGCUCCGACGCCGCCUCGACGGACCAGCGCCCCCUCCCCGAGCCCCCUGCCAAACGCGCUAACUUGUGGCUGUUGUGAUGCGUAUUCCCGUAGAUCCCAGCACCAGCCGGAGGUUCAGCCCGCCUUCCAGCAGCCUGCAGCCCGGCAAGAUGAGCGACGUGAGCCCCGUGGUGGUGGCGGCGGCGGCCGCCCAGCAGCAGCAGCAGCACCCGCAGCAGCAGCACCAGGAGGCGGCGGCGGUGCCCCGGCUGCGCCCGCACGACAACCGCACCAUGGUGGAGAUCAUCGCCGACCACCCGGCCGAGCUGGUGCGCACCGACAGCCCCAACUUCCUGUGCUCCGUGCUGCCCUCGCACUGGCGCUGCAACAAGACGCUCCCGGUGGCGUUCAAGGUGGUGGCUUUAGGAGAAGUCCCUGAUGGCACAGUGGUCACAGUCAUGGCUGGGAAUGAUGAAAAUUAUUCUGCAGAGCUGAGGAAUGCGUCUGCCGUAAUGAAGAAUCAAGUGGCACGCUUUAAUGACCUGAGAUUCGUUGGCAGAAGCGGAAGAGGGAAGAGUUUUACCUUGACAAUAACAGUCCUUACAAAUCCCCCCCAAGUGGCUACGUACCACAGAGCUAUCAAGGUGACAGUGGAUGGACCCAGAGAACCAAGGAGGCACAGACAGAAGCUUGAUGACUCUAAACCUAGUUUGUUCUCUGAGCGCCUCAGUGAUUUAGGGCGCAUUCCUCAUCCCAGUAUGAGAGUAGGGGUCCCGACUCAGAGCCCACGGCCCUCUCUGAACUCUGCACCAAGCCCUUUUAAUCCACAAGGACAGAGUCAGAUUACAGACCCCAGACAAGCACAGUCAUCCCCUCCAUGGUCCUAUGACCAGUCUUACCCUUCCUACUUGAGCCAGAUGACUUCACCCUCCAUUCAUUCCACAACCCCCCUGUCCUCCUCAAGAGGCACGGGGCUUCCAGCCAUCACCGAUGUGCCCAGGCGGCUCUCAGGUGCUUCCGAGCUGGGCCCAUUUUCAGAUCCCAGGCAGUUUGCCAGCCUUUCAUCCCUCACUGAGAGCCGCUUCUCCAACCCGCGAAUGCACUAUCCAGGCACCUUCACUUAUGCGCCGCCAGUCACCUCAGGCAUGUCAUUGGGUAUGUCAUCCACAACUCAUUACCACACCUACUUGCCACCACCUUACCCAGGCUCCUCCCAAAAUCAAAGUGGACCAUUCCAGACCAGCAGCACUCCCUAUCUCUACUACGGCACAUCGUCAGGAUCAUACCAGUUCCCCAUGGUGCCAGGAGGAGAUCGCUCCCCCUCCAGAAUGCUGCCUCCCUGUACCACCACCUCCAACGGCGGCAGCGCACUCUUAAACCCUAACUUGCCUAACCAGAAUGAGGGUGUGGAGGCUGAUGGAAGCCACAGCAGUUCCCCCACAGUCUUGAAUUCUAGUGGCAGAAUGGAUGAAUCCGUUUGGAGGCCAUACUGAAAGUUUAUUGCACGGCCUAAAGUCAGUGAGCCAAAAAGAAAGAAAGAAAGAAAGUCAGCUAAUUAUAAAGUGCCUGUUUUUCCCCCCCUUUUCCUUUGAAUAGAUUCUCUUGAUAUGUACAACUGUGUAGCUGGGAUGUUAUAACAGCUUAGUACAUGCAUACAACGUUAGAAUGACCUUUCAGCAUCAUAGUUCCAAUCAAUGUAGAUCAAAGCACAUUUUACUCUCCUCUUGGAAACAUUUGUCUGAGUUUUAUAUAUUAAAAAAUAUUGACUGCAGUGCAGAAAGAUGCCCAUAUCUAGACUCUUGUAAAACAUUUUUAAAAAUAAUAAUUAGUGAGUUAUUUUGCCAAGAGGGAAGAAAUGGACUCCUGCCAAUUUUCAAGACAAAGCCCGUGCUUUUUUCUUUUUUGGAACAAACAAAAACAAUUCAGGUACAGUUGCAACCAUACAAUAUGCAGGGCCCCUAUGCAUGCACAGUGCUUAUCACUACUUGUGUUUGUGCUCCUAUUUAUACCAAAAUAUCUUCUGAUUACAGUAGCUCUUCAACCAUAUUAUCAAAGCCUUGCAGCAGAUGAAAGAACUUUUAAGAUGCAUGGCUUAUUUUGUACUGAAAGAGCAGCCGACAAGGUACUAAGGCAGCCUUGUUUACUUUGUGCUAUUCAUUUAUGUGAUUUUUUUUUUGGCCUUAGAUCAGUUAACCAAAAUAUAUAUAUAUUGGGGGAGACCCCCUAAAAUAAAAUGAAAUCUAAUUUCUUAUGCAAGAAGCAAAAGAUAAUGGCAAUAUAUCUUACUCAAACCAAAACAGUUUAGGUAGUAUGUGUGUCUGGCUAUCUUGUUUUAUUUUAUUAAGUUAUAAAUAUGUAAAAAUUGAGGUUAUUUGCAAAAAAAUGAAUUGUCAUAUAAUUUUAAAGAAAUAUUUAUAAUUAUUUAAUGAUAUUUGAUCCCUUUAAAGUUUUCUUAAUGUAAUGAUAUGAUGACUUAGGUCUCUAAAAAUGUUUGUUUUUUAAAAAAUACUGACAGACUUUUAGCGGUACAAAAUCUCAAGGCUAUGCCUGAACUCUGAAAGGCAGUUCCAAUAUAAACCAGCUGCAAUGUGAUUUUUUUUAUAUAAAAAAAUGCUUCCAUCUCAAAGAAACUUUGAUAUAGGACAUUGUUUUAAUUUAUGAAGGAAAUACUGUUUUAAAUGUUAUUGGUUAUUUGGUUGCCUUUUGCCUUUUUAAUCUGUCAGAAAUGAACUGGAAAGAGAAGCAGAAUGAGUGAAAAGCAUUUCUCAAAAUUGAAUGGGUGGGGACCAAAGUCCUAUGCGCCGUGUGUGGCGCUCUCAUGUGCAAGGUCUUUGUCUCCACUCUCCCUGCUGCAGCCCCUCCCCAAGGCUGGGGGUUGUUUUGUGAGGGCUGCUGCCAGAUGUCUUACUCCUGUACUCCGGCCUUAGAUCCCAGGCAACGCAUUCUGGAUAAAAUCCCAAAUGAAAUGCCAGCAAAAUUAAUGACCAAUCUUAUGGGUCUUAUCUAGUAUCAAAUACUAGUUAUGAUGCAUAUACUGUAUAUCAAUUGAUAUUUUAACCAUCAGGUUACAAAAGAAUAAGCACAAAUGAACCACUGCAAAGCAGAUCUAAAUUCAGCAGGACCAGCUUGCAUCAAUAUUUGAUUGUUCAAACGUGAAUAUGGAUAAUGAAAGUCCUCUUAAGGCCAUGUUCCCAUUUACACCUGGGACUCAUCAUCCAUCCAUCACUUCCAAACUCUUUUUUUGCCAGAAUGACAAGCAGGAUUAGCUACUUGACAAGUGCCUGAGAUCCAACACAUUCUGAAGUGUUUGGAGAAUUCUUAUUUAAACUUCAGAGGACAGUAAGCUCAUUGGGCACCUUGAUUGGGACUCGAUUCCAGAAACUGAUUUAUGCACAUGCUUAAUUGAAGCAGGAUGUGGGACUGUGGAUGAAGCAGAGCCAUUUGCGGCUUGACUCCUUUAAAAGGAAGUGCCAGCUUUCCAGAAUGCAUUGUCUCUCUAGCCUUUUCCAUGCUUUCAUUUGCACUGCUUUUAGCCUCAACUGCAUUCAGCAAACAUAAUUUUCUUUGGACUGCAGUGCUGCUGAAACUAAUGAUAAGUAUGGGCUACGUUUUGGCCAACCCAACAAUAAGAAAUGGUGAAAUACUUAUGCAAGGUCGUAAUAUAAUUGGACAGUACCAGACUCAUCAUCUGCUGAUUGCUAAGGCAGCCCAUUAGAGAGACUCCACAUUCCCCUGGAUUAUUCCUGAAAAUUUGGUAUGAAUCAUUUGCUAUUUAGAAAAAAAUAAUACUUACCUUCUAAAGGUUAUACAUCAAGUACCCUUUUUGUCAGUUAGAGACACUUUCCUGAUGUGUACUUUUCCUUCAAAGACGGGAGCUAUUAUUGAUCCUAUUUAUUAUUUGUGGUAGCUUGAAGCAUACCCUUGUCAAUUUAUUUGUAUCUGUAAGAUAAGUUUGUUCAUUUCAGCAGCACUUAAAAGAGCCAGUGUCUGGUUACACAUUUCAAGUUUUGUGGGUUUCUGGUUGUCAUUUAUUAAACCAGAAAAAGAAAAGAAAAUGAACUUCCAGUGCAAAAGCUGUUGUAUAUUUAAUAAAGGUACUAUAUUUGUACAUUAUUUUUAUUGCUGAAAGGGGGCUUUUUUAAAGAUUUACUAUAUGCAUCUUAAGUAAUUUUGUAGGGAUAUUUUUGUGUUGUUACAGGGGCUGCAGGCAGCAACCCAAAGACAUUUUAAAAGCAAGAAAGCAAGAAAGAUGUUCUUGUACAAUUAAAAUACUGAUUUAUAUUCCUGGAUUUAAUCCAGCACAGAUCAUUUUCCUGCUUUGUUCUGUACCUACAGUAAUAUUUCUGUAUCAUCACGUUUUAAAACUGGAUCAUUUGGGAUUGAAACUCCAAGUCACUCAGGUGUGCAGUUAUGUUUGUCCCAAAAUAUGCCCAUUUCACGCCCUGUGAUUAUGACUGCACAGAAAAAAACGGUUCAUUUUACAAGUCUGAAUUAAUUAUAAUUGAAGGGGUGGCAGCAGAAAAUAUUCACAAGCACCUUUGAUAAGCACAAGGCCCUUCUCUGUGGUCCCUCACAUUUUAAUUUAGUAUGCUUUUCUUUUUUUAGACCUAAGCUCUCAGCAGGGAACUUCGUAUUCAGUCUUGGAUGGUACCUGAUUCCUUGAUGACACAAUAUAAAUAAGAAAACAAAUAAAUAAGUUCAAAAUGAUCUUUGCUCCUAACUCUGCAUUUGUUUUGAACUGGCAAUUAUUCAUGUAUAUCACACAUUUUAAUAUCUCACCCCCCCACCCCCCAAAACCCCUCCUGCAAAUUGCAUUCUCUUGUGAUUCAGGAUGGGAAUGUGUGACGAUUCAUAACAUGGGAUCCUUUGGGCUGUGUUUAGUAUCUCAAGGAUGGGAGUUACUUCUUUGAGAAGUGGAAAUGGUGGUCCAGUUUGUGGAGUCCAUUGUAUUAAACUGCUUGUGCAAAGCUUUUUCAAAGAGUAUACCAAAGAUAAAUAAAGAAUUUAAUUCCAAACUCCUUCCUUAGAUGAGGCUGAUCGAAGGGUUGGGAUUAGAUCUCAUAAUCUGCAUUGAGUGAAGUUGGAGUUACUUCAGUGUAAGUGUGUGUCGGAUUGCAACCAAAGUUACUUGGGCACCAGCACCUUAGAGCCCUUAGAAAUGGUGCAGGUGCCCCAUUUAUUUCUGCCCUGCCCAGAGCAUGGAUUUCCUGGUCCUCCUCGCCCACUCUGCCUCCCCACGCUUUGUUCCAGAGGGGACUCUUUUGCACUGUCUAGUUUACCGGAAUACUGCUCCAUCUUUUUGUUGGGGCCUGCCAUUUGAGUCCUGGUGAAGUAAUUGAUCAGGAAUCACAGAAAAGCCAUGAACAAAAGCAAUAAUUUAAACCUAUACAAGUAAUGUGGAAAGAUAAAAGAAAACCAAGUUUUCUAAUAUCUUAAAAGUCUGAGAUACAUUUCAUUUCAGCAUGUUCUACCUGACAUUUUGCCUGUUUACAUUUAAUUACUUGCUUUAUUUUUGUUGCAAUUCUUUUAAACAAAACAGCCGGAGACCAUAUCUUUACGGUAAUUUUUGUUUCAUAGGUACACUAAGCAACAUUCCACAUUAUUUUUACUUAAAUAUGUUUUACCAGUCUUGAAUUUCUGCUGGAACAAAAUGAUAUUUGUAGCAUUUCCUGUAAAUACAAGCUUUAAUUUCUUUCAUUUUUUUCUCCAAUUGCUGUUGCCCAAGAUUUGCUUUUUAUGCACAUAUUGUACAAACACAUUCUUCUUUGUGCUGCAGACAGCGAUUGUGGAAGGGUUUACUUUAUCUUCAAAGGGAUUAUUUGUAUUGUAUGUUGCAACUGUAAAUUGAAUUUGUUUGGCAUUCUCUCAUGAUUGUAAUAUUAAUUUUGAGGUUUGAAUCUCAUUUUCAAUAAAAUGGCUUUUUUGUUAA